UCAGAGUACAAAUCAAAACAACCAGGGCACACACACAAACACACACACAUCCAUCGAGAGACACGGUCAGGACAGAAGCUCUGACACACAAGCACGCAGCACAGCAAGGAGUUGCUUGGUACAACAGGACAGACGUGACUGGGCCAGACCCCAGGCUGAGAACACACCGGCAAUACACACAUACACACACUUCUGCACAGGAAAACACACGCACUCCUGCAGAAGAUAACACACAACUGUUAGAGCAGUGGAGAUGACUGACACGUCUGCAGCUGAAGAGGAGAAGGACCCUGAUAUUGAACUUUUUGUCAAGGCAGGGAGUGAUGGGGAGAGUAUAGGUAACUGUCCAUUCUCUCAGCGUCUCUUCAUGAUCCUCUGGCUAAAAGGAGUCGUCUUCAACGUCACUACAGUCGACCUGAAGAGAAAGCCGGCGGACCUCCAUAACCUUGCUCCAGGCACUCACCCACCCUUCCUGACCUUCGAAGGAGAGGUGAAGACGGACAUCAAUAAGAUAGAAGAAUACCUAGAGGACAUGCUGGCUCCACCCAGGUAUCCUAAACUUGCAGCUAAGAACCGGGAGUCCAAUACGGCAGGAAACGACAUCUUCGCCAAGUUUUCAGCCUACAUAAAAAACACCAGGCCAGAGAACAACGCAGUUCUAGAGAAAAGUCUCAACAAGGCAUUAGCCAAGCUGGAUGAGUUCCUUUUAUCCCCGCUGCCAGAGGAGCUGCAGGAUGGCAGAGAUGUGGCAGAAGGGGGGUCUGUACGGAAGUAUCUAGACGGAGACACACUAACACUGUCCGACUGCAACUUGCUGCCCAAAUUACAUGUCGUCAAGGUGGUCGCUAAGAGAUACCGUAAUUAUGAGAUCCCUGCAGAGCUGCGGGGUGUAUGGCGUUACAUUCGAAACGCCUACAGCCGAGAUGAGUUCACCAACACCUGCGCCGCUGACGCAGAAAUAGAACUAGCCUAUCAGGACGUGGCUAAGAGGCUGUCCAAAUGAUAAUACCUGGAAUCAGCGACACCCCCCUCCAGCUUGUUGACAUUUGAUCAUAACUCUGUGUAGUUUUUCUAAAUGAAUAAAAUCAGGUCUCGUUAAAUCUGAUCAAAUAAACCAGACUCAGUCAUAUAAAACCUG